AUGCAGAACAUCGUUACACAAGUUUCACAAGGUAAUGAAGCUGCAACUGCUUUUGCAAAUGCCUCUAAUGAUCAAUACAAUGAUGAGGAGAAUGGGAAUUCGUUGAUUCACUUAAAUAUUCAAGAACAUCAUUAUUUCCUAACAAGAGAUCAACUUAUGUCGUUAUCUGAGUCGCUGUUGUUAUGUUUAUUUCCAUCAGGUGUAUUUUUAGAUAGAAUGGGACAGGUUAUAUCUAAUUUAACUCCUAACGAUGAAGUCUAUAUUUCCGAUUUUGCACCACUCUGCUUCGAAUAUAUGAUGGACGUUUAUUUAAAGGCUUACGAUGAUUUAAUUAAUUAUCCAGUGGCCAGUUGUUUUAAUAUUUCACCUGACAAGUCAAUGAAUAACACUAACGUUAACAAUGCAUAUAUGCAGCCAUCUGAGGAUGAACUGCUACAUGAAAAGCCUGUGAUUAUUGUUUUAAGAGAAGAUUUAGAUUACUACUGCGUUCCGCAAGUUAAAUUCCAAUUUGAAAUCGAUCCACAUUUAUCACAGCAGAUUACCGAUGGAGAUCUAUUACAUCAUUUGAUGAGCGAGAUUAAGAUAGCUGCUGGCAAUUAUCUUUCUUCAAAGACAUUAAUAUUCGACGGUUUAAAAUCAUCGAAUAAAACCAAAAAUAUUCUGAAUAGCUUCAAUGCCGCUGAUGACAGUACUUUGAAACAGAGUGAAAAUGAAGAAGAUAAAGAGGAGGAUGCAAAAUUAGGCGCUGCAGAACAACAUUUGAUGGAUAUGUUAUGUUCGAGUGGAUUUGGCAUAGAUUCUCAAUGGGGGAAUAGAACGCAAGAACAUGGCAAGACGAUAAUUAGUUCUUUGUCGGUUUGUCGUUUGUAUAAUGAAACAACAGAAGAUUUUAGGGAUAAGUAUAAUGAGUCGAUUAAGCAAUGGGAACAAAGUAAUGCAAAAGAAGAGAAAAGCCCGCUUCAUAAACCUGAAUUAUAUGAUUUAGUUGAGAAGCCUGAUUUAAAUACCAAAUUAUUAUUGUUCUGGAGAAAGCCUGCAAGAAAAUGUUGGUGGGGUGGUGAAAGUGUUAAUUUAAAUGUCGAAGUUUACGGAAACUAUAUAGAGACAUCAUCCGAUGAUGGUGUUAAAACCAUUAGGCUUGUGGCUCCUUUAAAAGAUGAUGGAUCCGAAUUAAGAAAAAUCACAAUUCCGUUGAAACUACACAUCCGUAGAGUUUGGACUCUUGAACUGAGUUUGAUUGGGAUGCAAUAG